AAAAAAAAAAAAAGAAAAACCCAAAAAAAACCUUCCCAAAAUUAUUCUAAAAAAGGUAAACGUAGAAACAAUGCCACGCAGUGCGCAGCUCUAGAUUAGGCUUCAACUUUCAGACAACCUCUUUUUCAGGUCUUGUUUGUGCCUCCCCUCAUCGACGCACAGCCCAACCUCCCAUUCUAAAGGCUGGUGACAGAAAUAGCUCAAGAUUUCAACACUAAUAGGUUCCAAAGCAACACCGUGGUGGCUUUCCAAGAGGCGGCUAGAAGCUAAAUUGGUUGGGAUUUCUAAGGCCAGUAGACUAACAACGAUGUCGUCUUCGGAUGGCUCAGACAAUCCUCAACAGUCUGGCCCAGAGACUAGUUUGGAUGCAGUUGCUGAAGUAGGUUGGUACAUACUUGGUGAAGAUCAACAAAAUGUCGGCCCUUAUGCAAUUUCUGAGUUAUGCGAGCAUUUCUUAAAUGGAUACCUCUCUGAAAGUACACUUGCAUGGUCUGAAGGGAGAAGUCAGUGGCAACCACUGUCCUCAAUUCCUGAGUUUGUUUCAGAAAUUUCUCAUAAGGCCAAUGAUUAUUCUGCUACAGUGUCCUCAACUGAUGGUGAUGCUCUUUUGAACAAUAAGGAGGCUGAUAAUUCAAAUGCAGUGCCUUCCAAUGAUGAUAAUGGUAGUGAUGAAUUUGAGAAAUGGCAGAGAGAGAUUAGAGAAGCAGAGGCAGAGGCAGAACGAUUGAAAACUGGAUCUGUUUCUAGAAGUAUGGGUGAUGGCUUUGAUUUUGAUGAUCAAGAUAGGCCUCUAACACCACCAGAAGGUGAAGAAGAAUUCAUUGAUGAUGAUGGAACUAGGUACAAGUGGGAUAGAAGUCUGCGAGUAUGGGUUCCUCAGGAUAGCACAUCAAACAAAAAUGGGAACUAUGGAGUAGAAGAGAUGACAUUCUUGAAAGAAGACGAAGUUUUUCCAACUAUAAGUGCUACUGAUGCUGCUGAUGCCUCUGUCAGAGAAGAUGCUAGUGGCAGUGGUGAGCAAAUGGAACCAAGUUGUAAUGCCAAGAGAAAACUGCUGGAGGAACAAGUUGAUAAGAAGGAACCUAAUAAACCUCCUGAUUCUUGGUUUCAAUUGAAAGUCAAUACACAUGUCUAUGUGACUGGAUUGCCUGAUGAUGUAACCGCAGAAGAAUUGGUUGAGGUGUUUUCCAAGUGCGGAAUAAUCAAAGAGGACCCUGAAACAAAAAGACCUCGUGUGAAGAUCUAUGUUGACAAGGAGACAGGAAGGAAAAAGGGGGAUGCACUUGUUACAUAUCUAAAGGAGCCUUCUGUUGCUUUGGCUGUUCAAAUUUUGGAUGGGACACCUUUACGUCCCAGUGGCAAGAUCCCUAUGUCAGUCAGCCAAGCUAAAUUUGAGCAGAAAGGGGAUAAGUUUAUAACCAAACAAGUUGAUAGCAGGAAGAAAAAGAAACUGAAGAAAGCUGAGGAGAGGAUGCUCGGAUGGGGUGGUCGUGAUGAUGCAAAGGUGACAAUUCCAGCAACUGUUGUCCUUCGUAACAUGUUCACUCCUGCUGAAAUGAGGGCAGAUGAAAAUUUAUGUUCAGAGCUGGAGGAUGACAUUAAAGAGGAAUGCGUAAAGCUUGGUCCAGUGGACUUAGUCAAGGUUUGUGAGAAUAAUCCCCAAGGUGUUGUUUUGGUAAAAUAUAAGGAUAGGAAGGAUGCUCAAAAGUGCAUAGAGUUGAUGAAUGGACGAUGGUUUGGUGGGAAACAGAUCCAUGCAAGUGAAGAUGAUGGAGUGGUUAAUCAUGCUUUGCUGCGGGAUUUGGACGAGGAUGCUGCCCGAUUGGAACAAUUUGGUGCUGAACUUGAAGCUGAAUGAUGGAAGCUUCGGAUAACAAACAAAAGAAUGAUCCACACAGGUUAGUCUCCCACACCCGUAUAGGUAAAACAUGAACAACCCAAUAGGUAUUAUCCCUACAGGAUGUUUUGAUUAAUGGCAUUUUGAAUGCUUUUUGAAAAAAAUAAAAAAAAUUCCUCCAAAGAUUCGUGAGGCAAACUGAGGGUAGAAGGUCAUGUGUUUGGUUUUCUCACAAAAUACAUAAUAAUUUUACUAAAAUGGUCUCUCAAUAUAAUUAAAAUCUUGUGUAAUUUUGU